GCUUUUAACCUAAAAGUUAUUUGGUUUGAAAGCAUUGUUUUUGUGUAUUGUUUAAAGUUUUUAGUCGCUAGUGGAGAUCUCAUAUAAAACUCUAAUUUAAAAAUGGCAAACACAAACACAGACUUAACGGAAGAGGAUGCGGCAGACCUACAGUUUCCUAAAGACGAUGACCUCUCAACAUUUAGUAGCUGUAAUAUUUUUGACAGCAACGAUUCAACCUAUUGUACAAAUUGUUUAAACGAAGUACAAAGUAAGUACAUUCUGUGUGAGAAGUGUAAAGUGAAUAUCUGUCUAAGUUGUUUUUCAAACGGAGCCGAGUUUUCAAACCACAAAAAUGAUCACGAUUAUCGUGUGUUAUCUACAGACUUUAUUCUAUUUGAAAAUUCGGAUUGGACGGCCGAAGAAGAGCUUAAACUUCUUGAUGGGAUUAGCAACUAUGGUAAUUGGUACCAUUUAACACAAGAACUUCCAAAUAGAUCGGUGAACGAAAUUAUAGAGCAUUAUGAUUAUUAUUAUCUUCAAAGAAAAGGCUGUGAGGGUUUUCCAAAGCCAAAAAUACCAGAUUCUGCAUUAUUUCCACAGUUAGUAGUGCCUUAUAGAUUCCAGCUUAAUCAUUCAGAUGAACCUCCUAGAUAUUUAUCUAACACUAUUGGUAAUAAGUCACUAGCAGGAUAUAAUCCAGCCAGAUCUGAUUUUGAAAUUGAGUAUGAUAAAAAUGCAGAGGAUAUUCUUUCAAAUUUAGAAAUAAUAGAUGAGGAUGAUCCAAUGUAUGACAUUCUUACAAAAUUACAAUGUUCUUUGGUUGAAGCCUAUAAUCGGAGGUUAAGAAAUAGGUACCGAUGGCAUAGUUUAAUUAGAGAUCAUGGACUUUUGCUGAUCAGAAAAACUUACUCCUGGCUAAAAAGGUAUGAAUUUACUAUCCACAAAAAUGUUUAUGAAAAAAUGAUCAGGUUUAUGCAGUUCUGUGAGCCUACAUAUUUUGAAUCGCUGAUGGAAGGGCUACACAGAUGUGGAGAAUUGAAAAUUCAAAUUGCAAGGUUAAUAAAUUUGAAGAGACUUGGCAUUUGUACAUUAGCUGACGGUAGAUUAUAUUUCAAACUCAAUAAGAUCCGCGAAGCCAAUAAAAAGUCUCUAAAACUUUUCAAACAACUUCCGGCUCUCAAUUGGAAGCAAACUAAAGACGCAAAUUUCACGACUUUGGCCAAAUUCAAUCGCCGUCGAAGUGUCGCCCCAAUUGAAAUUGUCGGCAUGCCCGGCUAUGCCCAGCUAUCUACUCAAGAAGCUGAACUGUGCAGUACUGUAAGACUGGUUCCAAUUGCUUACUUCCAACUGAGGGAGACUUUGGUGGCUGAGAACAAAAGAAAUGGUUCUGUUUCCUUACAAACUGCUAGAAGACUGUUGAAAAUUGAUGUAAAUAAGACUAGAAAAUUGUAUGAUUAUCUAAUACAGACGGGAUAUAUUUUAAAACCACCUCCAGUAUAAUCUAGGUGUAAUAUUCAAACAAAAGUAUUUGAUUUAUGUUUAAGUUUAAUGUUUUUUUUUAUUAAUAAUUUUAAUAAAAAUAAAUAAGUUU